AACGGCGGCGGCCGCGUCAGCAUGACAGCCGAUUGGAUGCCAGGUCAACCUCGCCCUCCUUACCUCGACGGCUCUGCUCCUGGCGACUUUGGAUUCGACCCACUUAGGCUGGGAGAAGUUCCGGAGAAUUUGGAGAGAUACAAGGAGUCAGAGCUCAUCCACUGCAGAUGGGCAAUGCUUGCUGUUCCAGGGAUAUUGGUGCCUGAGGCAUUGGGGUAUGGAAACUGGGUGAAGGCUCAGGAAUGGGCGGCGACACCGGGAGGUCAAGCCACGUACUUGGGCAACCCCGUGCCAUGGGGCACUCUUCCGACCAUUCUCGUGAUCGAGUUCUUGGCUAUCGCUUUUGUCGAGCACCAGAGAAGUAUGGAGAAAGACCCCGAGAAGAAAAAGUACCCCGGAGGUGCCUUCGACCCUCUCGGAUACUCCAAAGAUCCCAAGAAGUUCGAGGAAUUGAAGGUUAAAGAGAUCAAGAACGGGCGACUCGCGUUGUUGGCAUUCGUGGGGUUCUGCGUGCAGCAAUCGGCUUACCCGGGCACGGGGCCAUUGGAGAACUUGGCUACUCACUUGGCUGAUCCAUGGCACAACAACAUUGGUGACAUUGUCAUCCCUCCUUCCCUUUCGCCCUAAAUCCAGAGUUCGUCCUCAUUUCAUCUUUCAACCACUGUAAAAUUGGUAACGUGUGUGUGUAAAAACAUCACCUUGCAAUGAACGCGCUUGUCCUCCUCCCUUGUCUGUGUAAUCUGAUAACUAGGGCUUAGAUAUGCAUACAUAUAUAUCAAAUGUAUUUGCUUGGAAUCUC